GGAGUCACAGAUGUCCUGUGUGAAGCUUGUGACCAGUUAGGAUGGAAGAUGCCAACAAAGAUCCAAGUUGAGGCUAUUCCAGUGGCCCUCCAAGGCAGAGAUAUCAUUGGACUAGCAGAAACUGGCUCUGGAAAAACAGGAGCCUUUGCUUUGCCAAUUCUUCAAGCACUGCUGGAAACACCUCAGCGAUUAUUUGCUCUUGUCCUCACACCAACGAGGGAGCUAGCCUUCCAAAUAUCAGAGCAGUUUGAAGCUCUUGGAUCUUCCAUUGGUGUCCACAGUACGGUUAUUGUGGGUGGAAUCGACACGAUGUCUCAAUCUCUGGCCUUAGCCAAGAAACCACAUGUUAUAAUUGCAACCCCUGGCCGUCUAGUUGAUCAUCUGGAGAAUACAAAGGGCUUCAACUUAAGAGCUCUGAAGUUCUUAGUGAUGGAUGAGGCUGACCGGAUCCUUAACAUGGAUUUUGAGACAGAGGUGGAUAAGAUAUUGAAAGUGAUUCCUCGAGACAGGAAGACAUUCCUGUUUUCUGCUACCAUGACCAAGAAGGUUCAAAAACUCCAGCGUGCUGCUCUGAAGAAUCCUGUUAAAUGUGCUGUUUCUUCCAAAUAUCAAACAGUUGAAAAACUACAGCAGUACUACAUUUUCAUCCCCUCCAAAUUCAAGGACAGCUACCUGGUUUAUAUCUUGAAUGAGCUAGCUGGAAACUCUUUCAUGAUAUUCUGUAGUACGUGUAACAAUACUCAGAGGACUGCUCUACUGCUCCGCAACCUGGGCUUCACUGCCAUUCCUCUCCAUGGGCAGAUGAGUCAGAAUAAACGCUUGGGCUCUCUAAACAAGUUCAAGGCAAAGGCACGUUCUAUUCUACUGGCUACUGAUGUUGCAAGCAGAGGUCUGGACAUCCCACAUGUAGAUGUGGUGAUAAACUUUGAUAUUCCUACGCACUCUAAGGAUUACAUUCAUCGUGUUGGGAGAACAGCUCGAGCUGGGAGAUCUGGCAAAUCUAUCACCUUUGUCACACAGUAUGAUGUAGAGCUGUUCCAGCGCAUUGAACACCUGAUUGGCAAGAAGCUGCCAGCGUUUCCAAUGCAAGAGGAAGAAGUUAUGAUGCUGACAGAGCGUGUGGCUGAGGCUCAGAGAUUUGCUCGAAUGGAGCUGCGGGAGCAGGGAGAGAAGAAGCGAUCUCGGCAUGAUAAUGAUGAUGACACAGAAGAAGCUAUUGGUGUCAGGAAUAAGGUGGCUGGUGGGAAAAAGAAGAGGAGGAAAGCCUUCUAGUUCAGCAUUUGGACAGACUUUUUAAUUUUCCUCUUUAUGGCUACAUGAGCUUGGCAGAAAUGGUCUACCAAGCUGUCUCCAGUGCAUAUUUUUUUUCAGAAGUACUUACUAUGAAAUUGGGUGGCCCACCUGGGAAACAACUUCUCUUCUUUACCAGUUACAGACUGAGUUUGGCCCGUUGUGGUACCAUGGGAGCAGUCUUUCUUUCAGAGACACCAGGCCAUCACCUCUGGAUCUGAAAGCAGCUGUGGUCUGGCCCUGCUCAUUCACAAAGAGGUGCAGUGUGGGUGCAGCUUUCCCUGCUGCUGCAGCCUGUCUAACUACCGAAACUCACCGAGUGCAUCUGGGGUCAGAUAAGUCUGCCGGAAGAAAGAGAGGAAAAAGUUAAAAGAAGUAACUGAGUUUCCACAGCACAGCUGUGAUGCCCUUGCCUUAGU